AUGCAAUCCUCAAUGGAGAGUCAAUCCAUGCCUGAUCGCACCCGCGAGAAUCCCUCCGCUAGCGCUCCCUUCGCCCAUCAAGAGGCGCUUCACCGACCACCACCUACUGCAGACUCGGUCUCUCAACAGUCCUGGAAACCCAAGUACGACCGCCGCCAAAGCUGGAAUCAUGAGGAUCAGAAACAUGCGUUGCAGGAACGAUUGCUGAACCUGGAACCAGCUCGGGAGACUGGGUUUUCUGAGACCGGACGUGAGGUUUAG